UGGUUUUUUUUAAUGGCUUGUUUUCUCUUUACCUCCCAGGUACUGGUUUCCAAACAUCGCCCCGCAGUGCUGCACUACGAGUUCCUUCUUCCUUGUCUCUGCAUAGAGGCAUCACAUAACCACAAAGACAGCUUCCGCAAGAAAGUGUGUCCUUUCCAGGAUCAGCCAAAAGCCUAUGCUACAGAUCUCUGGUCUUCGGCGCACUUUCAUGACUUCAGUUCCAGUGACAAAACCGAAAUGGCCAUAUUACUGAGUGGCCGCUGCAUCUUUCACCCCACUGUCUCACUUUGCUGGAAGGAAAACUCUGUUCCAGAGGCAACCUGCCAAGAUAUCCCCAAUUCCACAGUCCCCGAAGCCAAGCAGAGUUCUAUGCCAUUCGAGUUUGAAGACACCGACAGGCUUACAAUUCCUAUUGCAGUAAGUAAGAUUCAUUCAUUCAUUCAUUCAUUCAUUCAUUCAUUGGUUCAUG